AGGGCAGGGAAGCUCGUGGUCCAUCACGAUUUUCAUCGGUUCGAUUAUUGAAGAAAGAAACAUCAAAAUUUUUCCUCUUACAAGUUCCAAUUCUACAUAACUUCAUGGCAAACACUCGGUUUAUUCUUCUGCUUCUUAUGGUGGUGAUGCUUUUGCCUUGUUUUGUGGUUUCAUUCUCUACGAAAAAAGUAACCAAUAUCAGCACAGACCAGUUGGCUCUUCUUGAACUAAAAGCCCAUGUCAUUAGUGAUCCUCAAAACUUCUUGGCAACCAACUGGUCAACUGCUACCUCUGUUUGCAAUUGGAUUGGUGUCACUUGCGGUUCUCGGCACAGAAGAGUCACGGCUCUGAAUCUUUUUGGCAUGAAUCUCUCCGGUACCAUACCACCACACCUGGGAAAUCUGUCGUUCCUUGUUAGGCUCAGCAUCGGAAACAACGGUUUUCAUGGCUCAUUGCCCAUUGAAUUGGCUAAUUUUCGUCGACUGAAAUCUAUAAGGUUGUCUAACAACAAUUUCAAUGGGGAAAUUCCAUCCUGGUUUGGUUCUUUCACUGAACUUCGGGAUUUGUCUUUGAAUAGUAAUAACUUCAUGGGAGUUAUCCCAUCUUCUUUAUGUUCUUUGUCAAAACUAGAAAUCUUGAGCUUGUACCAAAACAAUCUACAAGGACAGAUUCCGGUGGCAAUCGGAAAUCUUUCUAGUCUGAGACGGUUAUUUUUGCAUUACAAUAAACUUUCAGGCUCUAUACCUUCCUCAAUCUUCAGCAUAUCUUCAUUGGUGCAGAUUUUUCUCAGCGACAACCAGCUAAUUGGUUCAAUACCCUCCAUCCAACUCAACAUUUCUUCCCUGAAAACAAUUGAUUUAACAUUUAACAAUCUCACUGGUCAUAUCCCACCAAAUAUGUUUGAUUACCUACCUAAAUUAAAAGGGCUUUCUCUGAGUUGGAAUCAACUUUCUGGCAGAAUUCCAAUGAGUUUAUUCAAGUGCCAAGAGUUGGAGGAAUUAUCCUUAUCUAUUAACAAUUUGGAGGGGAUUAUUCCUGUAGAAAUCGGAAAUUUGACUAUGCUUGAGAGCUUGUAUCUUGGAGACAACAACCUUAAAGGUAAAAUACCAGAUCAAUUUGGCAACCUACCAAAAUUGGAAGAAUUGUAUUUAGUAUCUAACAGUAUCACCGGAAUCAUCCCUCCUCGUAUCUUUAAUAGCUCAACUGUGAGAUUCAUUUAUCUAACUCUAAACCAGCUCUCAGGCUACCUUCCAUCAACCACAGGCCUUUGGCUUCCGAAGCUUGAAGUCCUUGAACUUUCAGCAAAUGAGUUAAGUGGAUCAAUACCUGUCUCUAUCUCUAAUGCCUCUCGGCUUACUCUUCUUAACUUUGGAAGCAAUUCAUUUUCUGGAUAUAUUCCCAUCGGCCUUGGCAAUCUAAGGGAUCUACAGUGGUUCAACCUUGAGUAUAAUAAUUUGGUUAGCACACCUUCAUCUUCAGAGUUGAGCUUUCUAUCUUCAUUGGCAAAUUGCAAACAAUUGAGAUUCUUAGCGUUUGAUACAAAUCCAUUGAUCAGCGGUAAACUUCCGGUUUCUAUAGGAAAUCUCUCUGUUCAAGAAUUUGUAGCUGAUGGUUGCAAUAUUAAAGGAAGCAUUCCAGGAGAAAUUGGCAACGUAAGCAACCUGUUUUACUUGAACCUAGAUAACAAUGAACUGACUGAAUCAAUUCCCACCACAAUUGGAAGAUUAAGAAAUUUGCAAAGACUCUCACUUCAAGGCAACAAGUUAGAAGGAUCCUUCCCAACUGAGUUAUGCAAUCUAAAGAGUUUGAGUUACUUGUAUUUAACCGGUAACAAAUUGGCUGGAUCCAUACCAGCAUGCAUAGGUGAUCUCGUUUCUCUUAGACAUCUAUUUUUGGGCUCAAAUAAGUUUGCCAACUCAAUACCCUCAACCUUGACAAGGCUUACAGAUAUCUUACAGCUAAACUUGUCUUCCAAUUAUUUAAGCGGGGCCCUCCCAGUUGACAUUGAAAAGUGGAAGGUUAUCACUAGCAUUGAUUUUUCCAAAAAUCAAUUAUCAGGUGAAAUAUCAAUGAGCAUUGGUGAUCUUAGGGACUUGACCUACCUCUCAUUAUCUGGUAACAGAUUGCAAGGACCUAUACCAGAGUCAUUUGGGGGUCUAACAAGUUUACAAGUCUUGGAUUUGUCAAGGAACAAUUUCUCAGGAUUCAUCCCCAAGUCUUUAGAAAAACUCUUGUAUCUUGAACAUUUUAAUGUCUCAUUCAAUAGACUAGAAGGAGAAAUUCCUAACAAAGGAUUCUUUGGCAACUACUCUAUUCAAUCAUUCAUGGGAAAUAAAGCACUAUGUGUCGCACCUCAGCUGCGACUCCCACUCCCACCAUGCAAAGCUAAUUCUUCUGGAAGGCAUUCAAGGAAAGCUCUUCAUCUUGUAAAAUACAUUGUAUUGCCAAUUGGUUCAACAAUAAUAGUACUAGCUCUGAUUCUAAUUUUUUCACGAAGACGAAAAGGGAAUGCAAAUCUGCCAACUGGUCAAGAAAAUUUCCCAGCAUUAGCAGAAUGGAGAAGAGUUUCAUACCAAGAGCUUCAACAGGCUACAUAUGGAUUUUCUGAAAGCAAAUUACUUGGUGUGGGGAGUUUUGGAUCAGUAUACCAAGGAAUUCUUUCAGAUGGGUUGAGCGUUGCAGUAAAGGUCUUCAAUUUGGAGUUAGAAGGAGCAUUUAAGAGCUUUGACGUUGAGUGCGAGGUCUUACGUAACAUUCGCCAUCGAAAUUUAGUCAAAAUCAUCAGUAGCUGCUCUAACAUUGAUUUUAAAGCCUUGGUUCUUGAGUUCAUGCCUAGUGGAAGUCUAGAGAAGUGGUUGUACUCUCAUAACCAUUUUUUGGAUAUCUUGCAUAGGUUGAACAUAAUGAUUGAUGUGGCAUCUGCAUUAGAAUACCUUCAUCAUGGUUAUACAACACCUGUGAUCCAUUGCGAUUUAAAACCCAACAACAUUCUUCUUGAUGAAGAUAUGGUUGCACAUUUGGGUGAUUUUGGCAUUGCAAAGCUAUUAGGUGAACACGAUUCGACAAUACACACCGUGACACUAGCAACGAUUGGGUAUAUGGCACCAGAAUACGGAUCAGAAGGAGUUGUUUCAACAAAAGGUGAUGUGUACAGCUUUGGUAUUCUUUUAAUGGAGACCUUCACAAGAAAGAAACCCACAGAUGAAAUUUUUGCUGGAGAAAUGAGCAUAAAAUAUUGGGUGAAAAAGUCGUUACCAUCAGCUUUGAUAGAGGUUGUAGAUACCAAUUUGUUAAAUAAUGAAGCAAGACAAUACUAUGCGACAAGAGAUUGUGCUUUAUCUAUUUUGCAAUUAGCAUUGGAAUGUACAGAAGAAGUUCCAGAUGAGAGGAUUGAUAUGAAAGAAGUUGUUGCUAAGCUGAAGAAGAUCAAAAUCAAGUUUUUACAUGAGUCGAAUAGGCGGGCCUAAUGAGGAGAACCUUCAUGUAGCUGGCGUUUCUAUUUGUCUCCUUUGAGCUUAUGGGUUUGUCUUUCUUGAUUUCCUUUAAGCUUAGCAAAUCCAUAGUUUCAGCUCAAUUCAUUCGUAUAUGAGUUCUUGCCUUAAUAAAUUAACUGUGUUUUUGGGGUUUUGUUUUAAUGUGUGUUCAUGAACAUUAAAUGAAUUGCUGAAUUGCUAUAAAGUUCUAUGUUGUAUUUGAUGUUUAUUUGUUUUGGUUGACUUAAAGUUUCUUCAAAAUGUUUAAAACAAAAAGGUUUUUUUCCUUGUACAGAUUGGU